UCAGCCCGGCCGCACGAUGCGCGCCCAGGGCAGUGCCAGGCGCGGCACCGCCGGGAUCCCGCGUCCCUUCCCCGCCGCCCCCGCGUCCCGGCCGGACCCGCUCCCGCGGGCAGGGCCGCUCCGCCCUCACCAUCCUCCUCCUCCUCCUCCUUCUCCUCCUCCUCCCGCGGGUCGGGGCAGCCCCGAGGGCGCCCGGCGGGCCGGGGGGGCCGCGCCGCCAGCCAGGACCGGCCCCCGCCAUGUGAGUCUGCGGGGCUGCCCCCCCGCCCCGCGCCGCCCGCUCCCGCACCAUGAGGUACGGGGGUGCGGGGCAGCUGCCACGCCGCGCUCAGGUAGAGCCCGGGCGGCUCCUCCGCCUCCUCUCCUGCCUGGUCCUCGUCUGCGGCGCGGAGGUCGCGGCGCUCGCCGACUUCUCAGGUUACCUAACCAAGCUCCUGCAGAACCACACAGCCUAUGCCUGCGAUGGGGAGCACCUGAGCCUGCACUGUCCGCGGCACUCAACCAUCAGUGUUCAGUCAGCAUUUUACGGGCAAGACUCCCACAUGUGCAGCACUCAGGAGCCUCAAACGAAGAUGGCAGAACCGAGAAACUGUGUGGCACCCACCUCUUUGCAGCUGAAUACAAAACCAAAUCAGCAUGUGAGAACCAGGAACUGAAACUCCACUGCCAGGAAUCCAAGUUCCUUAUCAUCUACUCGGCCACCUAUGGCAGAUGGGCCCAGGAGGAGAGCGCCUGCUCGGCAGAGGCGGAGCACAUCCCCCCCUUUGACUGUUUGUCUUACACAGCGCUGGAGGUUUUAUCAAAGAGGUGUUCUGGGAAGCAGAGAUGCAAAAUCAUUGUCAGUAGCCAGGAUUUUGGGAGCCCAUGCCUUCCUGGAGUGACAAAAUCCCUCACUGUCAGCUAUGCAUGUGUUCCUAAAUUUAUCCUCAUGGCUGUCAACCCCGGGGUCCCUGAUAACAAGUCUUCCAUAAAACAGAAUGAUGGUGUUGACUUUGAUCCAAAGGAAUCAAGACUUCCAAAGAAAGAUGGAAUUAUUCUUAGCUCUAACUACCUGGCUGCGUUUGCAUACAUCAGAGAUAAUUGUCCUCUUUGAAGAAAUGAUGCACAGAGAAGAAAACAGCUGGUGACAGCUACUGUCAGCAAUAUCAAGCAGAGCAGCUUCCAUGGAAAAGGCUAAUGAUCUCUAGAACAAAAAGUGUCUGAGAUAGUUUAGGCAGAGAGAAACCCUUGCACUACUCCACAUCCUCUGAAGAGGUCCAUCAACUAAUUAAACGGGCAACUUCCCUGGGAGCCUACACCUCAGUGGCUGUUAAGCUGCCACACCGUUUUUCAGUCACCCUGAGAGGAAAGAGAAAGAAAUUCUGGUCUUCUAAAUGACAGACAUAUAAAUCACCUGACUUAUCUCCAAGGGAUGCACUGCAGACAGCUGCAGGUGACAAGAUUUGCUAUAAAACUUUUCAAUUUGUAUUUCAUCUAUUUUUAAAUACCUCUUCGUUGUACUUCACAAAAGUGCUAUGGAGCAAGUAAUAAUAGCAGUUACAGGAUGUAACUGACAGGCAAAGGAAUUACUAAAGAAAAAUUUGGAAUAUAAUAAAUUCAAACCUUAAAAUAGAUGUGCCAUUUUAAGACACUCAAGCCAGGACUAAUAUAAUCCAUUUUAGACACCUAUGGACAAUUCUCUUCCACAGAGUACAGACAGUCAAAGGUGAAGAACUUAUACAGACAUCUCCUAGCAAUACUCACUUUCUGGAUCUUGACAAUGAUGGUUGUUUUCUCAUUUUUUCCUACAUAGUCAGACAGCAACUUUGUUUCUUGCAACUCCUUUCCUGCCCACCAUAACUGUGCUUCUGAUUCUUUUAUAACUUCAAGUCCAGCCUGUGACAUACAAACAAGGUGAAGUGUUAGGGGUGUUGUUUCUUGCUCUAUUUGUUUCUUGCUUUUUUUCAAAACCUACUUCUGCUACAUCUUUCUCCUCAUGCUCAUCUAUGGCAUUCAUUCAUAUUCCAUUCAAUCUUGAUCUCCUGUGAAUACUUUGGGCAAUCAGCUCUCCAUACUGGAGGUGACAAGCUAUUUAAAAUGAGAUCCAGACUUACCUGAGUGCUGAGUAUGCAACACUUGAAAUAAACUCCAAUAAUUUUAUUUCUAGUUAA